UUUUUUUUUUUUUUUUGUAUGAUGGCACAUCAUCUUCCUAUACUGAAACACUACCCACUACAAAGCCUGUUAGACACGUUCAUCUUUCACUAUUCUGAAUGCAAGGCCAAACCCCCAGUCCGAUAACACCUUCAUUUUCCACUUACAUUUACAAUUUAGAUCUACACUGUUCUAUCAACCUUGUUUAUUAGCUUGAAUGGCCACUCCUUGAUUCUGCCCUUGCUUUUUUGUUACCAGCAGCCAUACUCCCUCCUCCACGUUUGCUUUUGCCGCAUUAGCCAGACAAAUAUUCCAAGUGUAUUCUUGUAGAUAAGCUUUGCUCUGCUCCAGUAACCCUCCUGGGUGUAUUUCUGUACAGGUUCCUUCUCCUGGACACGGUUCGUCAGUCCAGGACACAAUAAUGUCUCACAGGCAACUCAGAGGUUUGACCUCACACACAUCAGUCACAUUUGCGGGGCUCUCUUCGCAACUGCAUUUUAAACUGUUAGCUUCCUUUCCCCAUUGACUAACAAGCCUGGGUAUUUUCGCAGUCCUCUGCCAGAGAGCUCCUUGAUUUAUGGUGCAAGUACUCAUUACCCCACACACGCAUUAUCUUGCAUUUUCUGCUUCUGCAUGUUCUUGUGUGGGCUGUUUUAUCACCCGAAGCUCUCAGGUCGCUAACAGAAACGAGAUUAUUCACUGAAAAUAUUACUAACUCCUGGCCAGGUUCAGUGCCAUUUCCAAAUGGAUCCCAAGAGCGCUGUAGGAACUCUUCGUGCCUGCGUUAUUGCAUGUAUUUACAUCACACGGAUGCGUGCCGUUGUGGUUUUGCUUUGGCAGUGUAAUACACGGGCACAGGGUCUGGUGGUUGGCGACCCUGCACACAGCAGGGGGGUUGAAACUCGAUGAUCAUCGUGGUCCUUUUCAACCCAGGCCAUCCUAUGGUUCUAUGGGCACUUCUCUCUUCCGGGCAGACCAAAUCCGUGGGCACCCUACUGAGGUAAGUUCGUUUGGAAGCUCCGCAGAUCCAAAAGAAAAGCAGGGGGGAAUAGGCACAAAGGCGACAAGGCGAAAGCAGAGGAGCUCGAUGAGAAGCGCAGCCCCACGACAGCCCUUUUCUGACAAGGUUCAGAGCAGCAGACCAGCGGCUCUGGCUGAGCCACAAGCCCCUAACGGGAACAAAGUCCCUCCUCUCUAUACCCGAUCGCAACCAGAGAUGGUUAAGAAAACAAAAAUAAAAGCUCCAAGAGCCGCACGGUAUUGGAGCCUCACAGAGGAGAGGCGAGAGAGCAACCGACCCCGGCCCCACCGCCACGCGCCCCCGAGCAGCACUUCCGGCCGCGCCCCCGCCCAGCGCCGACCCCGCCCCGCUCGCCCCCAUCCCGCGCUGCCAUUGGCUCACGCCGCCCGCCGCGUGACGGCGGCGCGGCCGCCGAUUGGCCCCGCGGGAAGCGCGUGUCGCGGAGCCGGCCCGCGGAGCGGCUCGGGGGGCGCGGGCGGGGCCGCUGUCUCCAAGGCGACAGCGCAGGGCGAGGGGCCGGGAGGAAACCGUCGCCCGCCGAGUCGCCGCCGCUCCUCGGCGUCACGUGCCGCCGCCCCGCUCGCCCGUUGGCCGGCGCCGCCGGGCGGGGGAGGCGGCGGGGCGCGCCACGUGACGCCCUCCUCCCCGCUCUUUCUUCCACCCCGCCCCGCCCCUCCGCGCGCGGCGGCGCGCGCCGCCCGGUUGGCUGUUGCCGUGGCGACCGGGGAAGGAGGGGGCGGGGCGGGCGCCCCACCUCACCCGCGCCGCAGCCCGGGAGCGCGGCCCCGCGGCCGGCAGCACCCGGCGGGAGCGGCGCGGAGCGGGCGGGGGCGGCCGAUGGCGGGGGGGUGA